CCUAGGUUGUUUGGUCACAACUCUGGUCUGCCAGAGUUCCUCCCAAAUUUAAUUUUUUUAUUUGGCAGGUUUUGGAUGGGACGAUCCCUACGGUGGAUAAAUUGCACCAGAGAGGUAUAGUUAUACCGAACAGGUGUAAACUAUGUGAUAAUCCGGCGGAAUCCCUAGAGCAUGUUUUUCGGAGCUGCAAUUGGACUCGACCGGUUUGGCAAGAAGCUGGCAUAAAUGCUGAGGAGGACAGGCCGGAAGAGGACUUGGCUGAGGAGGGGUAUCGAAUUAGGAGAUGAGGGGAGGAAGGGUAAAUUCAUGGCAAUUCUCUGGAGCCUUUGGAAAAGGAGAAACAAUGCGGUAUGGAAGGAUCAAAAGCAGGACACCACUAGUGUUAUCAAUGGAGCCGCAGGUACGCUAGCAAGCUGGAAGGAGGCUCAAGAGUAGGGAGGUCAAAGGGAAUUCAACAAAAUAAGGAGAAGGAAAAAUGGAGGAGACCGAGAAAAGAUUAUAUAAAAAUUAAUGUUGAUGGUGCGGUUAAUGAUACGGGGGGCGUAAGAGCAUGAGGCUGGGUGGCAAGGGAUGACGAAGGAAAUUUUCUGAAAGCUCAAGGGGGGUCGGCAGCGAUUAAUUGGACAGUGGCAGAGACAGAAGCUUAUGGGCUGCAAGAGGCUAUUAAGGGAGCUAUCCGGGAAAGAUGAGAUCCGGUUGAGUUCAAGUCACAUGCCUUGUCGGUGGUCAAGAAUAUAAAAUCAGGGGAAGGGUACUCGUACUUACAAAUUAUUAUUGAGAUAUUAGAGAGGUGUUAGAAAUUAAGAGUAAUUUUUUUCUCUCUUAUUGUAAUAGAUAUGCGAAUAGCGUAGCUAAUACAAUAUCAAGAAAACAAGUAAAUCUCCCAGAUCAGUAUAGUACCUUUGAUGUAGCACAAGGUUGUAUUGCUAGCCUUUUGUCUAAGGAUUGUCGGGAGUAAUAAGAAUGUUUGGAGUUUGAUUAACCAAAAAAAUCUUUCACCCUCUUAUUUAAAUGCAACAUCUAACCACCUUCACAAUUUUCCUGUACUACAUAAGAUCUUAUCGACGACUGCACACUCACAAUUUGAUCUAACUUUCUUACUUGAAGCUGGACACCACCUUCGUCUCCAGUUGAAAGUGAAUACUGCAACAAUCAAGUCAUUGUUGAUCUGGGCAGUAAGCUCAUAGUUAUGAGACCAUUUCAGUAUUUGUAAGAACUGAAGAGAGGGGUGAAGCUUUUGUUGGUACAGUACUAAAGCUAAUUAAAAGAUGAGAGUGAGAUCAGAUGGAUUGCAGAGAAAGCGGUUGCUAACUUCUGUAGCUGUUAUUGGAAUCUUCCUUGUUUUUCUUUAUGUGGUAUUUGGCUCUAAGAGCAGUGGUGAGUCUGCUCUAGAGUACGGAAGCUGGUCUUUGAGGAAACUAGGGUCUUCUUACUUGGGUGGAGAUGAUGAAGGUGAUACUACUAAGCAAGAUGGAAAAAUUGGACUGAAUGAUGGCAAUGAUGGCAUUUUUCUGAAGAGCUUUCCUGUUUGUGAUGAUCGGCAUUCAGAACUAAUACCCUGUCUAGACAGACAUCUCAUAUACCAAAUGCGAUUAAAGUUGGACUUAUCCUUGAUGGAACACUAUGAAAGACAUUGUCCCUUGCAAGAAAGGCGGUACAAUUGCAUGAUUCCUCCUCCCCCCGGAUACAAGAUACCUAUUAAGUGGCCUAAAAGUAGAGAUGAGGUGUGGAAAGCAAACAUACCUCAUACCCACCUUGCUCAAGAGAAAUCAGACCAGAACUGGAUGGUUGUCAAGGGUGAAAGGAUUAUAUUUCCAGGAGGAGGCACUCAUUUCCACUACGGAGCUGACAAAUACAUUGCUUCAAUUGCUAACAUGUUGAAUUUUUCAAAAAAUAUCUUGAACAAUGAGGGAAAUGUACGCACAGUUUUUGAUGUCGGUUGUGGUGUUGCGAGCUUUGGAGGCUAUCUUCUUUCAUCUGAUAUAAUAGCAAUGUCCUUGGCACCAAAUGAUGUACAUCAGAAUCAGAUCCAGUUUGCCUUGGAAAGAGGAAUUCCAGCAUCUCUCGGUGUUCUUGGAACAAAGAGACUUCCUUAUCCAAGCCGUUCAUUUGAGUUUGCUCAUUGUUCACGUUGUAGGAUUGAUUGGUUGCAAAGGGAUGGGAUUCUUCUUCUCGAGUUAGACAGAGUUCUUAGACCAGGAGGCUAUUUUGCCUACUCCUCUCCGGAGGCAUACGCACAGGAUGAAGAUGAUCUUAGAAUAUGGAGACAAAUGAGUGCACUUGUAGAACGCAUGUGUUGGAAGAUAGCUGCCAAGAGGAACCAAACUGUCAUUUGGGUUAAGCCUCUAAAUAAUGACUGUUACAAAGAAAGAGAACCAAACACCAGGCCACCUCUAUGUCGCCCUGAUGAUGAUCCUGAUGCAGUGUGGGGGGUUCCAAUGGAGGCAUGCAUAACACCUUAUUCUGAUCAUGACCACAAAACCAAGGGAAGUGGAUUGGCACCUUGGCCAGCUCGAUUAACCACACCUCCUCCCCGGCUUGCUGAUUUUGGGUAUUCAAACGAAAUGUUUGAAAAGGAUACGAAACUGUGGCAGCGGAGAGUUGAUGGUUACUUGAGGAUUCUGAGUCCCAGAAUUUCAUCAGACACUGUUAGGAAUAUUAUGGACAUGAAGGCAAACAUGGGUUCGUUUGCAGCUGCUCUCAAGGACAAGGAUGUAUGGGUAAUGAAUGCUGUAUCUGAAGAUGGACCCAACACACUCAAGAUUGUAUAUGAUCGAGGCCUCAUUGGCACAAUCCACAACUGGUGCGAAGCCUUUUCAACGUAUCCUAGGACGUAUGAUCUGCUGCAUGCAUGGACCAUAAUUUCUGACAUUGAGAAGAAAGGUUGUAGCUGUGAGGAUCUGUUGCUUGAGAUGGAUCGUAUCUUGAGGCCUACCGGCUUUAUUAUCAUCCGGGAUAAACAGCAUGUUAUUGACUUUGUGAAGAGGUAUAUGCAAGCAUUGCACUGGGAAGCUGUUGGAACUGGCAGUGAUUCAACAUCAGACCAGGAUCAGGAGGGAGAUGAUGCCGUAGUGUUUGUCAUUCAAAAGAAACUAUGGCUUACUAGUGAAAGCAUUAGAACUACAGACUAGUAGAAACAUAAAUACUUCUCAAGUCCUUCCCCAAGUACACCCUUUCACUUUUUCAAAUCCUUCACUCCACUCCUUGCACUAAAAAAAGCUUCAUAUAGGCACCCUUUUACUAUUUCAAAGUAAGUGUGUUCACAUGAUACAUUUUUUAGUACAAGGGCUGGAGUAAAGCAGUGUGCCUGGACACCAUGAGAUAUCAGCUGUCCUUUGCUCCCUACGUUGCUUAUUUCUCCACUCAUUUUUUUAUAACUCGGGUUCUAUUUUGCUACAUGUUUUGACUUUGUGCUUUACUUGAAUUUAUACAGACAAGUUGAUUUUCUUUAUAAAUAAUUUGUGUGAGUUGGAUAGGGGCUGGUUCUGGGGUUCCCAAAAAUAGAACCUUAACCGGAACCAGUACUACUGGGUCUACUGGGUCCAGUUCUGGGUAGUUCCAGAUUGAGGUGUAGGCCCAUAGGACAACCGAUUUCUAUUUAUAAAUCUUGGCUGUAAGUUGUGGUGAUGACUAACAGUUCUAUGGGGAGACACCAUAGAAGUGUAUAUAAGGAUCUUGAGUAUGGUUAACUCAACAGCAAUAACAAUAAGUAAUCACUACUACAAUACGGAGUAUUAUUCAAAAUGUUGUAAUAGUUUUCCUUGAAUAGAGCAAAAUCCAAGCAUUCAAUACUUUGCAUCAAAUAAGAAACUCUCGGUAGAAUAAUUAAUGUGCUUUUAUACCUAUUUAACUAAUGUGCAUACUAUGUUUAGUAAAUUUCCAUCCAAGGUUCCCGUUGGUGGUUUACGAUGCUUGACUGAUAAAGUAACUUAAUCCAUGUUCACACUCUGAUUAUUUUUAGU